GCGCCUUCUUGCACCGCUCGUGAGAUUUCUGCCCGUGCUGCUGUGCCCGUCGCGCCCACGUAGCGAAUUCCGAAACCUGGGUUUUGUUUCUGCUGAUUUAAUUUGUCAUUUUCGUUAAUAAAACUUUGUGGGUUUCGUCAUAAAUUUGCACCAAUGGCUGCGGUAGUGGAGGCAGGAGUGACAUGGCCGCGGCUCGUUUCCGCUCGCUCGUCGUCCUCGUCGUCGUCUCUGGCGGCUUCAGCUCGUAGCUCGCCUUUCUUUGUGGGCUUGGGCGUGCGGGAGCUUCCUGUCUUCUGUGGCCUCAGAAGUAGGUCUUCGAGCGCAGUAUCGUCACAUUCUGCAAGGAAGCGGAUCUCCGCCCGUUCCGCACCGACAGGAAUUGUGUGCGAAUUCCAGGAAACGGUUACCGGAGUGGCUGGAGUUGUAAACGAAUCUACUUGGAAAGAACUCGUGGUGGAUUGUGAGAUUCCUGUAUUGGUGGACUUUUGGGCCCCUUGGUGUGGACCUUGUCGAAUGAUUGCUCCAAUUUUUGAUGAGAUUGCGAAGCAGUAUGCUGGCAAAGUCAGGUGCUUGAAAUUGAACACAGAUGAGAGCCCGAAUAUUGCAACUGAAUAUGGUAUUCGUAGCGUUCCUACUGUCAUGGUGUUUACGAAGGGAGUGAAGAAGGAUACUGUCAUCGGUGCUGUGCCCAGGGCUACACUGACUAGCACCAUUGAUAAAUACAUUUCAUGAGGGGGCUUUAAGGUGGCGCUUGUAGUUACGGUCAGGCAGUUACGCAGCUCCAUAACGGGAGUUGCGUCAAUGUUGUAACAAGUAGGUGAUGGUGGGAUUAUUAUCCUCCAUGAGGUUAGAAGUUGUCAAGCCUAGCCAGUUGGUUGCUCAGCAAGGUAAUGAGUAAUUCCAUGUGGCUGGUAUGGGCGGGGAAAAGGCAAGCGUAAUUUACCAAGCUUCACCUUGCCAACUCUUCUUCUACUGUUGAUUUCCUUGGCGUCUAUUCCUUAUCACUUGCUAUGUAAUUAAAUACCGCUUUACCAGUGCAGCACCUGCUCUGUUCCGGUAACUGAUAUAAUUUUGUUCCUUCAAUUUCAGCAUA